UGUGUCUGAUAGUAACAGGUGGAGGUGAAAGUUCACGUUCACAUUAAAUAUGUCAGCCAAAGCAGCCAAGACGACGACGGUCAAACCGAAGGCCAAGGAACCAUCCGCUUUCAUUAAACUUUACCUAAUUGCUUACAAUGCUGUUCAAGUGGGCGGCUGGAGCUAUAUCCUGUAUCAGCUGAUCAAUUACUAUAUACUGCAGGGAGCUGAAUUUCGUGCCCAGAUUACACUGUGGGACUACACACGAGUGGCGGUUAUCAUUUUCCAGAAUGCUGCCUUUGUGGAAAUCCUAAAUGCCGCCUUUGGCUUGGUCAAAUCGAAUCCUGUCGUUACCACCUUCCAAGUGUUCAGCCGCAUGAUGGUUGUGGUGGGCGUCGUGAUGGCUACACCCACUGGCAAGGUAUCACCAGGCUUGCCUAUUGCUCUCUUCGCCUGGGCCAUUACCGAAAUUAUCCGUUAUGGAUACUAUGCCUUGAACAUUGUGAAAGUUGUGCCUCAUUUUGUGGUAUUCCUGCGUUACACUACCUUCAUCGCCCUGUAUCCUAUUGGCGUUACCGGCGAGCUUCUGUGCUUCUGGUGGGCCCAGAGCUAUGCCAAGGAGCACAGUGUCUGGAGCGUGGAGAUGCCCAACAAAUGGAACGCCACCUUCUCCUACUUCACCCUCCUGUGGAUUGUAAUGCUGGGAUAUAUUCCCAUCUUCCCGCAGCUCUAUUUGCAUAUGUUUGCCCAACGUCGCAAGAUUCUGGGAGGAUCUUCGACAUCUGCUGCUUCUGCAUCGCAGAAGAAAAAGGCCCACUGAACUUUGUUCAUCGGCCAACUACAACAAUGGCGAUUGCUUAAUAUUUGCAUUUAUUUAAACUUUUGCACUUUGAAUAUUUGUUGCUUCAUACGGCAUUCGCUUUUUGUUGUUUUGCGCUUCGUUUCGAUGUUUUCGGUGGGGUCUCCUCUGUUGCCUCACCUCUUACACAAUACACAUUCGAGUUCGAUUUCCAAGUCUAAGCUAAGUUAGCGUUUAAGUGGUAUUUUGUGUACAAAUAUAAAUUUAACCCAUCAGCGGGAAUUGUGACUAAAUAAAUGACAAGAGAUUAAAAAACUGUUAA